AUGUGGAAAUGUGAUGAACUCAUUGCUCCUAUUUAUAUCUAUGUAUCUAUCUCAGCUUGUUCAUAUCUAUCUCACUCUAUUCAUAUCUCUCUAUCAACCUAUCUAUUUCAGCCUGUUCAUAUCUAUCUCACUAUUCAUAUAUAUCUAAUUCAGCCUGUUCAUAUCUAUCUCACUAUUCAUAUCUAUCUAUUUCAGCCUGUUCAUAUCUAUCUCACUAUUCAUAUCUAUCUAAUUCAGCCUGUUCAUAUCUAUCUAUUUAUCUAUCUAUCUAUCUAUCUAUCUAUCAGCCUGUUCAUAUUUAUCCAAGUCUAUUCAUAUCCAUCUAUCUAUCCAUCUCUGUUCAUUAUCUAUCUAUCCAUCUAUCUCAGUUUGUUCAUUACCUAUCUCACAUCUAUUUCUAGUUAUUCAUUAUCUAUCUAUUUCAGUAUGUUCAUUAUCUAUCUAUCUCAGUCUAUUCAUAUCUAUCUAUCUAUCUAUCUAUCUAUCUCAGUUUAUUGA